AAAUAAGAAGAGGGAGGGAAAGAGGAUUGAGUUGGAAGCGAGCGAGUUGACCGAGUCGGCGAGUCGGAGAAGAAACAAGAAAAUAAAAAGGGCACAGGCAGCGGGGAAUUUCGGGGAAAAAAAAAACUUGGGCUUUUGGGUCGUGGAAUUAGCAAAAUGGUGAACACGAAGGUUAUUAGGCAGCCAAGCCAGUCCCCUUCUCUCCUCUCUUCUCCUUUACCUCUCUCUCCACCACCCUCCUUUCUCUCUCUUCUUUCUCUCUCCUCAUCGCAUUACCCUAAAUUCUCCAACUCUCUCUCUUUCUCUUUCUUCCCUUUCUCUAACCCUAGCUCCUCCACCGCCUGUCUCUCUACCCGAACCAGACACCCACCGCAUUCUUUUUAUUUUUACUCUCCCCACCCCAAAUCUCAAUUCCCAAUUCGUCAUUCUCUCUCUGCGUCUCUCUCUAUUUCUCUAUUCUCUCCGCUCUAUACUUGGUUUGUUAUUCUCUCGGGAGGUUUUCGAUUGCUUUUGCUGCUGCGGCGGCUUCGGGUGGUGCACCAAUUGGGUUCGAUUCGCCAAGGGCUUUUGGCUUCGCUGGAGUACCUUGUUGGCGUUGUAUUUUUCUUAUUUCAUGUUUCGAUAAGUAGUGGCAUUGGAAGAACUGAGUUGUAGCAACAUUAUCUCAUGGAAGACUUGGGCAAUAAUCAUAGACUGGACAGUAUAAGCAGUGCUGUAAGAAAGAAGAGAAGUCAAACGUUUCGUCGACCUCGACCUGAUUCAUUUACUGAACUCCAUGAUCAGUCACCGUUGUCAUCAACUACACCUUCGGAUGAUCAGAGCAAGGUCUCUAGUGAUGAGAAUGCAGGUUGUGAUGCCAAUUCAAAGAGAAAAGAAUUAAGUCUUAAUGAAUGCAUGGCCAGGGGGUCUUCUGCAGCAGGUAAUGGCAAAAAAUCUCACAAAAAGGAUAGUAAGGGUGGAGGAUGUAAUUUGUUUUACAAGAAUGAGACAGGACAAAAUGGGAGCAAUAACAAGCGUUCUGACGAAGGUUGCCUUGCCCCUGCUAAUGGGAAGAGCUCAAGCGUAAUGAAGGAUGAUUUGAUAUUGGAGUCAAUAAGUGAUGAUGCAUUUAAUGGGAGAAAUGGUGAAAGUCCAAGUACUGGGUUGUCAGGGUUAGAUGGAUGUGGAAAUGAGAACAAGGUUAAAAAGGUUAAGCUCAAGGUUGGUGGUGUCACACGUACAAUUCAGGCCAACUCUACAUUGAAUGGUACAACGGAGGGUGGGUCUUCUACGAAGACUGCUCGAUUGUCAGAUGUGUCUAGACCAUGGCAGAAGCAAAAUCUUCUGGGAAAUUCGGACGAUAAUCAUUCUCCUUUGGAUAAGAAGCGAGGCUUAAAAGGAAUUCCAUGGAAGGAUUUCUCAAGAAGUGGUGUUAGUCUUGGGAGAGAUAAUUAUUCGAUGGGCAGGACAGCGGGAAAGAGUACCUCUGGAAGGGAAGGCGAUAGAUCUGAAUCAGUUCGGAAGAGCAAGCGAGUGCCUAAGAGGCGCGUCCUUGAUGGAGAUUUUGGAGAUGAAGAAGAGGAUGAUGAGAUUCGGUAUCUGGAGAAACUGAAAAUAUCAAAGGUUGCUACAGUGUAUAGAGAUGAUGAUGAUGAUGAAUCAAGCAGGAAGCACAGAAAACUUUCUGCAGUUUCCAACAUUGAUAAUGCCGGUGCAUCAAGGUUGGAUAAAGACCUUAAAAGGAAGUCGAGAACUGAUAGAGUAUCUGGAGACACUGAUUAUGAGGAAGAACAAGAUUCAUUAUCUGAUGGGGAGCUUGAAGGUAAAAAGAAACAGAAGAAGGAAGCUGUUGAUUCUUUGAUGGAUGGUAAGAAGGAAAUGACUCUCACAACUCGUCAAAGGGCCCUUCAGUCAGGCAAAGAUGCCGCCCCUGGUUCAAGCUUAAUUGAGUUUCCUGACGGAUUACCACCUGCACCAUCUAGAAAGCAAAAGGAAAAACUUACAGAUGUGGAGCAGCAACUGAAGAAAGCUGAGGCUGCUCAGAGACGAAGAAUGCAGGUUGAGAAGGCUGCUAGAGAAUCAGAGGCUGAGGCUAUUAGAAAAAUUCUCGGUCAAGAUUCCAGCAGGAAGAAACGAGAAGACAAGAUAAAGAAGCGACAAGAAGAAAUUGCACAGGAGAGGGCUGCUAAUGCGUUGACACUUCCACCAAACACCAUCAGAACUGUGAUGGGCCCUGCGGGUACUAUAGUGACUUUCUCUAAAGACAUGGGUCUCCCUGGUUUAUUUGACGCGAAACCCUGCAGCUAUCCUCCUCAGCGUGAGAAUUGUGCGGGUCCAUCGUGUACCAAUCCAUACAAGUAUAGGGAUUCUACGUCAAAGCUUCCUCUUUGCAGUCUUAAGUGCUACAAGGCAAUCCAGGAAAAGACGGCGGUAGAAAAUACAUGCUAAUGUCUGCAACAAUCUUGUUCUAGCUUUGAAGUUGCAUGCCGCAGGGUGAGGCAACAUUCCAUUCUUUUCAAUAGCAUCUUUCGGCGAUGGCGGGGGAUGCUGAUGAUUCUACAGAGAGUAGUUGAUAACUAUUAAGUACAUAUUUAGGGGGUUUGUGGUAUAACAUUCUUAACUCAGAGUAGAGAUUUUUAUACAAGUACAGAUUGUUUAUCCGUUGCAAUAUAAUAUAAUAUAAUCCCCUUCCAUCUCAA